GACGACAAGUAGCACCCGUGGGAAUAUUGAUCAUUAUAGCAGAGUAAAAAAAGGUUGCGGAUAUGGAAUAUCAGCAGUCCAUAUACAAGCCUUUGUCAUGUCUCUCCCUUGAAAGCUGUCCCCCAUCAGCCGCCAUGGAAUUAACCAUGGACAACGUCCUCUUCCCUACUCAUCCUUCACAAACUAAUAAUCAUAUCAUUUCAGCUUCUUCAUCUGUCCUGGGCGACGUCGACCCCGACGACCACAGCACAGUUUCAACACCUAUAGCUCCCCAGGACGAUGAAAAGCCCCAUAAAAAGGCCCACGAUCCUGAUUCAACUGACAAGGGCACAGCAACUAAGAAGCCUCGUCAUCGUCACAGUCCAAACCAGCUCGCUGCCCUCAACGAGCUCUAUGAGAAAAAUGAGCAUCCCAGCCUAGACGACAGGACAGAGCUAGCUGAGAAGCUUGGCAUGGAAACGAAGACUGUUAAUGCGUGGUUUCAAAACAAGAGAGCUUCUACCAAGAAGCGCAAUAAACCAGCACCAACUGACGCACCGCCCCAAAAAAGUCCAUCAUCUACGCUUCCAUCAAUAGCAAACCUUUUAAACUCCUCACCCCCUCCACCCUCACGUAACCUCUCAUCCCGCUCCCAUCCCUCAUCAUCACGCAAGAAACAGAAAGAAAUUCUUCUCCUUCAUGACCACCAUAUCAGUGAACCUCAUUAUAAUCACGACAAGUCUUUCGCCCCCGAAUUCUUGCCGCAGGAUCGCUUCGUGCCUGAGAGCCAGCCUGUCGAUAGCGAUCGGCACCAUGCCGUUUAUGCCGAAAGGGGCCACUUUGUACCCGACGCGGAUAGCCGCUUUGUCUCCGAGAAUGACGGCGCCAGUGAUGGCGUUACGUCUCGAAAGGGCAGAGGCGAGCCAGCUCGCAAUAGAACAACCCCUGAGCAAGCCGAUGAGCUUCGUCGUGCAUAUGCGAUGAAUGCACAUCCAAGCAAGGAUGACAGAAUAGAACUCGCUGAGCGAAUUGGCAUGCGCACUCAAAGCGUGACAAAUUGGUUCCAGAAUCAGCGCACCCAGGCCAGAAAGCACAAGGAAGACCAUCAUCCCCUCACGUCUUCGUCAUCGACAACUGCAGAUGGCUCCUCUGUUCCAUCUCACCCAUCUUCUGUCAUCGAUGAUGAUCAUGGGCCUCAUCUGUCCCAUCUCAACUUCCCUCCAAGAGCAUCUCAUCCAUCCCUUGUCCCGGAUCGCCACCUGCCUCUUCCCGCUCUUCCCUUCCUCAAGUUGUCUCCACCUGAACUCGAUGAAGUGAAGAUACCACGCAGCCGGAUGUCUUUGCCGCCAUCUUCGAAUCCGCGUCUCACUUCACCCCGCAUCCGAAGAAGCGUCACUCCAUACUCAAGGGACCUCGAAGAGAUGCCUCGAACUAAUGAGGGCGCUAAAGGCGAGGACUCACAUGCUCGUCCUCGCCGCUCUCGCCCUGAGCCGUACCAGUUGGAAGCACUCAAAAAGCUUUUGCAUCGCACCUCGACGCCAAGUAUCGAGCAAAGGAACGCCCUUGCCCUAGAAGUUGGAAUGGACAUUGGCAAAGUCACAAACUGGUUCCGUAACAUUCGUCAGACUGCCCGCAAGCGGGCCAAACGGGCUGGUGUUCCUCUCCCUCGCGCACCCAGGGGCCGUGGAUAUCAAUACAACUUUUCCCGCGAAACUUCGUCAGGCUCAUCUUCCCAAGAGGAAGACGAAGACGAUGCAAUGGAUCUGGAUGACGAGGACACUAUGGAGUUCGAUAUCGACGAACGCAGCGAAGAGGACUUUCAGGAGGCAGUCACCCCUGGCAUGUCGCCUUCUCCUCCUCCUCAAAAACGCAUUCGGACACAUGUCCCACUUCCAAUGCCCCGUGGUGUGGGUGUCGAAAGCAUGGGCGUGGGACUCAUUGAGCCUGCUGCCUUUCAAGAGCUUGAGAUGGCCGUGGGAAUGUCUGCGGGACCUAGCGAGUAUGUCAGUGCGGACACGGGCAUGCACACUACCACGUUCUCCGGUGUGAAGAUCGAGGACGCCUUGCUAUUAUUGAGCUUCCAUCAACAUGUUGUGCAUUAGGAUUCUUGAUCACCGUUUCAGAGUUAUUUAUGUCACCAACAUGAAGUGUUUCAAGGCCUGCCCACCAAGUGUAUCGACUAUCAUUACCCAUUCGCGCGUUUCCGCAGUUGAUCUUCGCUUCCCCAUCAUCAUCCCACGAUAUUGCAUACCGCAUGGAUGCGUCCAUAUUCAUUAUUGUUGCUUAAUUGCCUAUAUUUUGUUUUUCUUGCCAUCAUUUUCCAAGGUCCUCACCGCGUACAAUACACGAGUUCGAUUUUAUCUCUCUGUACUGGCACGAUUUGUAUGCUCUCCUGGUAUUUAAACAAAUGUGUUGCGGUGCAUAACUAUCUAGUCGGU